GGCCGUCUUUCUUUUUUAAACUUUCAACAUGCAAGUCACGGCGAGUUCCUUCGAACAAUACUGCCCCCUCCGGAGAGGAGGUGUCAUUGCACUCUUCACCAAUAUCUCCUACAUGAUAUCUGAUAUAGGGCUCUUUUACCAUUCAGUAGGUGGCGGUAAUGCACACCUGAGGCUGCUUGCCAACCGCCAAUAAACAAUAACAGACGAAGGAGAAGCCAUCGCGCAUGCGCCUGUCGCCAUUUUGGACUAAUUAUAGGAAGAGGUGCUUGUUUCAUGUGUUCUGUUUCUAGGACAUGUUUUUGGCGAGGAUUGUUGGUUGCUAUGGUGACAAGAACUCCACGGUGACCGUCCUCGAGGUAGCUUAGCUUGCUAGCUGCUAACAAAGACCCGGAAGUGUGAGUGUAAAGUGUCGCGAUCGUGUGAAAAUGUGUCCAAAUGUCCAAAUGCUGAGAGCGUUGGUGAACCAGCGACUAGCUUUGGCUGUGGAAGAAAUAUUUGUAGUGUUGGAAAGAACCAUAGCAGAGUACGAGGAGGAACUUUGUCGAACAAAAGAGGAGAACGAGCGACAACGUCAACUACUGGACGCCGUUGUCAAGAAGCCCCGGGUUGUGUUACACAGAGCAGACGUCAGCGAGGAACAUCUUCAACCUGAGUGGAGCUCCAGGAUGGGGGAGGAGGAGCCCCAGCCCCCCCACGUUAAAGAGGAAGAGGAGGAGCCCCGGCCCCCCCACAUUAAAGAGGAAGAGGAGGAGCCCCGGCCGCCCCACAUUAAAGAGGAAGAGGAGGAGCCCCGGCCGCCCCACGUUAAAGAGGAAGAGGAGGAGCCCCACCUCCCCCACGUUAAAGAGGAAGAGGAGGACCACAGCAUCAGUCAGGAGGGAGAGCAUCCUGAAGGACCGGAGGAGUUCCCAGUGAUUGGCGUCCCUGUGAAGAGUGAAGAUGAUGAAGGGGAAAGUGAGGAGAAGAGAGAGGCGGAGCCUCCAAGCAGCAGCUCAACUCAACACAUGACAACAGAAGCCGAUGGAGACCACUGUGGAGGAUCACCAGCAGACAAGCUCUUAGCUCCACUAUCAGAUAGCGAGCACACGACGUCACACUCUCCUGACAAUGAUGAUGAUGAUGAUGCAGACUGGACGUUACACCUGAGAAGUCCCACUGGAGAAGAACCAUAUUCCUGUUAUUUGUGUGGCAUCGGUUUUGGACAGAAAUCGGAUCUGACGGUGCACAUGACAACACACCCUGAAGCGAAACGGCAUCCCUGUCCCGUGUGCAGAGCCAGUUUUGCCGAAAAACAUCACUUAAUAACGCACAUGAGAAGACACACACACUCCUGUUCAGUGUGUAGCAAGAGUUUUACGCGAAAAACCACUUUGACGAGACACCUGAGAAGACACACUGGAGAGAAACCAUAUUCCUGUUCAGUGUGUGGUAAAGGCUUUGCGGGAAACCAGAACAUGAAAAAACACAUGAGGAGAAUACACACUGGAGAAAAACCAUUUCCCUGUUCAGUGUGCGGGAAAGUUUUUGCAGAAAAGUCCGAUUUGACUAAACACAUGAGGACACACACGAGAGAGAAAGUGUUUCGGUGCAGCGUGUGUGAUGAACGAUUCUCUGAUAAGUACCAGCGUAGCAACCACACGUGUGCUGGGGAGAACAGCGGCAGGAAGUGAAGCUGCACCGCUUCCUGCUGGGGAGAACAGCGGCAGGAAGUGAAGCUGAUAACAUGAAUAGUUCCCAACGCAGGUCACGUGGCUGGCUACGGUUCCCACGGUGAAGGUUAAAAAGGAUUUGGAACGAUUUGACACCAUGUAAUGAUAACACAGUCUUGUUGACGUAAUAACAUAAAAUCUUACGGAAAACAAAAAUAUCUCACAAGAGUUUCUUUUUUGGCGCUCUAACGCCAUCAUAAGCAUGUAAGAACUGUGAUGCUGGUUAUUAACAAUAAAAUAGAAAUUAAUCGAUUCCAGCUCAUAAACUCAGCUCUUAAAAACUAUUUUUGUUGUGGUUCUUAUGUCUGUUCAACCAAAGCAUC